CUUCCAACCUAGUUCCUUUCGCCCGUUUCCCAGUUUCACCCUGAGACUGGGCAGACAUGCAGCAAGAGUAGGCUGGACCGGGCUGAGCAAGGUGGACAGGCAGAACGGCGACUACGUGCUGUAGAUGGGGCCCAGGCUGGGUUGUCGCCUUUUCUCUGCCGCGCUAAGCUGGAUGACACUGCUUCAGUUUUUGACCCGGGGUUGCGGUCCCGUCGCAGACGCUUCCCUUGCUCCUUCCCCGGUGCCACGGGUCAAACCCAGCUACAGUUUUGACAGGACUUUCCUCGGACUUGAUAAGUGCAAUGCCUGCAUCGGAACGUCCAUUUGCAAGAAGUUCUUUAAGGAGGAGAUAAGGUCUGACAACAGGCUUGCCUCCCACUUAAAACCUCCUCCCGACCACUUCCCUGGCUACUCCGCCAACUACACAGAUGAUUCAAAAAGCUGGAGGCUUGUGGAGAUCUCCAGGUUAAUCGGCAAAGACCAGAACGAGCUGUCGGACCAGAAGAUCUGCACUUCGGUUUCUCCGGUGAAAACCUGCAGCAUCGAGAGGGUCCUGAGGAAAACUGAGCGAUUCCAGAAAUGGCUGAAGGCAAAGCGUCUCACCCCCGCCUUAGUCCAGGGCCUCCCCAGUCCGCUGCUGCGCUGUCCGUCCCAGCGGCUUUUAGACCGAGUCGUGCGUCGCUACGCCGAAGUGCCGGACGCUGGAAGUGUCUACAUGGACCACUUCACGGACCGGGACAAGCUGCGGCUUCUCUACACCCUCUCUGUCAAUGCUCAUCCCAUCCUGCUCCAGGUUUUCCCCGGGGCCGAGGGGUGGCCGUUCCCCAAGUACCUGGGGUCCUGCGGCCGGCUCCUCGUCAGCACCAGCACCACCCCUCUCCUCGAGCUCUCCGCGGGGCCACCCGAUCGGGCCGCCGAUCUGGGCCACCAGCUCCUCGGCAUCGUCGAGUUCCUGAGGCACAACGACUGGGACUACUUCUUCUACUUCACCCGCGUCCACCCGGGCACAUUCGGCGUCUUCGACAACGGGCAGCUGUUCAUCCGAGACGCCAGCUCGCUGGGCGUCAUCGACAGGCAGGAAGGGAAGCGGCCAGCUCGCAGCUCACCGGAACCCAGGGACAUCUUCAGCUGCCUGGCUGUGGACUGUCAAUCUGAGCUUCCGUCUUGUGACACAGUCCAGGAGCAUCAGAGUCUCGUCUUGGUGUGCCGGGAGCUGCUGCCUAAACUCCUCAAGGGCAAGUUCCCCAAGCCGGUCCAGGAGGAAAUAGACGCCCUGAUGGACCGAUGCGGGGAUAGCUCCCUGGACGGCCAAAGGGUCACCGACGGAGCCAGGAGGCUGAUGGACAUCUUGAAGUCGCUGCGGACCUGCGACCCCCGCUUUGCUUACCGCUACCCCGACUGCAAAUACAGCGAGAAGUACUGACAGGCUGUGGCUGUCCUCCAGGGAAGACCAAGUGCGAGGCAUCUGGAUCUAUGACAUUGAUUGCGAUCUGUUUCCAACCAUUUUCCUCUGGCCAGGCUCAGAAUCCUCCGGCUGGCCAUUUGGAAGGAAGACUGAGCCCUUAUUUCGCCGUCGGCCCCAGGACCGGGAGGAAGCUCUCCCCAUAUCCAAGUGGCAAUGUGGGAUCUUCCCAAGGGACACUUAGGGGUGCACAGUAUUGGAAAAAACCAACAAAAGAAAAAACCUCAAUGGCUGUCGGGGUUCAUGUCCAGCAAGUACUAUCUGUGUAAUUACAUGCGUUUUCUAGUUAGAUUUGUAGUCUGUGUUUCUAUUUCUGGCUUUGCC